AUUGGGCUAAUUGGCACCGGCGUAGGAAUACUGAUGGAAAAGUUGGGAGGUGUGCUGCAAGUGGUGGUUAUGUUCAGUGGGAUCAUAUGUGGUCCGCUAAAUGGCAUUUUUCUUGCUGGCAUCUUGACCCCGUGGGUCAACGCCAAGGGCGCCAUGGCUGGAGGACUCACCGCAUUUGUUUUGAGUGCGUGGGUAGUUGCAGGCAAUUAUAUGUAUGGAUCAGCGCCACGGUACCUGCCAUUAUCUACCUCGGGUUGUCCUGUAAACCUGGCUUCUCUUGACAACUUCACUGUUAUCUCCUUCAGUAACUUUUCAGCUACAGACUCUUUCAUAAAUAAGACAGUGACGAGGGAGUACCUACAGACCAAUUCAACGCUGAGUGACUUUUCAACACCCACCACCGUCCAAGGGUGGUCAGUGAACAUCAUCUAUGAGUUAUCUUAUUGCUACAUUGGAAUGAUGGCAGUAGUUAUAACUCUCAUAGUCAGCAACGUUGUCUCCUUCUGCACAGGUGCACUGAGUCCCAGCUGCCUUGUCCCCGGAGCUGUGAGUCCUUCCUGUGGACGUCUUCACAGGUGGUUGUGGAGUAUCUUCAACAGUUCCCACACACACACAAACAACGUUGCUCACAAAGAAGACAACGAACUCCAGCAAGAUAAAGCUUAAUUAAGUGAGGCAUUUAUCUAUUACUCAGAAACCCAUAUUUUAACAAUACAUCUGAAAAACAGGCGGUCGUGUUCAAUACAGAUUUUUAGUCAGUACAAAACGGUAUAAGAUGCCGAAAAUUUUGAAAAAAGAUAGGUGAAAUAUUAGUACCUUUAAAUAAACUUACAUAGUGACAGACGUGAGGUUUAAAGAGUAGAGAUUGAACAGUUCUGUGAGCUGCCAGGGGCUGAGGGACUGAGCUGACUUGGGCCAGUAGGCUCGUUGUAGGCCGCCUAAACUCUAUUAGGUAAUGGUGGUGUUCUGAUGGUAAAGAAUUAACUUGUCAAUGACUUCUGAAAUCAUAAAAGUGCCAGUGUUCUGGACAACAGUGUGGUGGUUGCAGUCAAAUACUUUCCAGACAUCGUCUUCUGGUUAGUUCCUCUUCCCCGAUGACAAGUCUGGCUUCGUUAAAUUUCAUACGAUGGUCGUGAGUAUGUCGUCAGAUGACGCACAGAGCUCUACUAUAUGUAUCCUGGAGGUUUCUCGGAAUUUUCCCCAAGUUAAUGGAUGACACUCAAAGAUAAAAUUCUCCACAACCACCACAUGGGAUCACGUUCACACUUCCUUCAAAACCGGUUGGUCUAAAUGUUUUCUCCUGUACUAAGUCUUGUAUCUUGUGGAUGUCAUCGUGGUUACCUUAAUGUUGCUCCUAGCAAGUGUGCUGGUGAUGCUGGUAGGUAUCUUACCAUCUGCUAGAACAAACAAUCUGCCAGACCAGCGUUCCUGCCUAGCUGAGUGAAUAUUUCCAGUGUUUUCCUUCUGCAAUCAUUAAUAAAGUGAUAAGGAUAUUGGAACUGUGUGAAUGUCUGAUGAAUGUAAGAACAUUCAUCUUCGAGAACAACAGAGCUGGAAACCUUCACUAUGAGAUAGAACCAUAUGAUCACUCCUCUCUUCCACCUGUUUUCAGCUGAGAAAAAUAAUGCACCAAGUCGUCUUUACUAGUUGGUUUUCUUUAGGGUUUACAGGAAAUCAACUAAUAAAGACGACUGACUGCAUUAUUUUCCACACCACAACGCCAGAACAGAGGAAUGGUCUUCAGUUUUCACCUCAGAACAUACAAGAUUUCAAGCUCAAUUUUUCUCAAAGAAGUAUGUACUGACAUUCAUCAAAUAUUCACACAUAUCCAAUUUUCAUCUAAAUUUAUUAAUGAUCGCAGAAGGAAAGCAUUGGAAAUAUUCACUCAGCUAGGCAGGAACGUUCGUCUGGUAGAAUGUUUGUUCUACCAGUUGGUGAGGUAGCUACUAGCGUUCCCAGUAUACAUAAUAAUAAUAUCUUUGUUUCUACACGUACAUGUACAAGGUAUACAGUCCUAGCUGACAUCAAUGACGUACUACUAAACAGAAAGCCGCUUGUUAUGCAGAGCAUUCCGGGCAAAUUAAGUCAAUGUUGUCCCAGGAUGCGACCCACACCAGUCGACAAACUUCCAGGUACCCAUUAUACUGAUGGGUGAAGAUAAACAUUCGGUAUAAAUAAACACGCCCAAUGUUUCUACCCUCGGUGGUAAUCGAACACAGACCCUCGCCGUGUGAAACAAGAGUUUUACCCACCAGGCCGCGGGGUACCUGUUGCUAUGAGCAACAUUAAAGGAGCCACGAUGACAUCCACAACGAUAAAACACUUAGACAAAGAUAAAAUAUUUAUAAUAAUAAUAUACAAUAAUAAGAAU